GAAACUUCUUUCUUUUUUGAAGCGCGUGAUAAGAUCACGUGCAAACAUCUCUGGAAAUGCUGUGUAGAACAUCAUACGUUUUUCAGAGUGCCAGAGAAUGAAUCAAACUCUCUGUCAAGAAAAUUCAGCAAAUUUGGAUCCAUAGGUUAUAAACAUCGAUACAGUGGCAGGACAUCUUUGCAAAUGUCCAGGGACCCUUCUGUGCAGCUCCCACGGCCUGACCAGUGCAUUGAGAGAAGUCGCAGCAAGACGUAUCCCAAAAGAACACAACAGACAGAAUCUAAGAACAUGAGCCAGAUUACAACAAAUGGGGAAAAUGAAGGAACUACCAAAAUUAUUGCACCUUCCCCGGUGAAAAGCUUUAAAAAGAUGAAAAAUGAAAACAGUCCAGAAACCCAAAGAAGUAAAGCAAGCGCACCGUGGGAGGAAAAUGGCCCACAGAGUGGGCUAUAUAAUUCUGCCAGUGACCGCAAUAAAUCACCAAAGUUUCCUUACUCUCGGCGACGAAACCCAUCAGGUGGCAGUGAGAAUGAGUCUGGGCAGCCAGUCCGGAGGAGGAAAAAUCAAAACAGUGCCGAAGAUUCAGAUUUAAAGCAAAGGAGAAGAUCACGGUCUCGUUGUAACACCAGCAGUGGCAGUGAAUCGGAAAAUUCCAACAGAGAGCAUCGGAAGAAGAGAAACAGAUUACGUCAAGAGAAUGACAUGGUUGACUCGGCUCCUCAGUGGGAAGCUGUGCUACGGCGACAAAAGGAGAAAAACCAGGCAGAUCCAAACUACCGGCGAUCCAGGCACAGAUCUCGAUCGAGAAGUCCAGAUGUACAAGCUAAAGAAGAGCUGUGGAAACAUAUUCAGAAGGAGCUUGUGGAUCCAUCUGGCCUGUCUGAGGAGCAAUUGAAAGAAAUUCCAUACACGAAAAUAGAGACUCAAGGUGACCCAAUCCGCAUUAGGCAUUCGCAUUCCCCUCGAAGCUACCGUCAGUAUCGGCGGUCUCAGUGCUCUGAUGGUGAAAGAUCUGUCCUGUCUGAAGUGAAUGUGAAAACUGAUCUGGUGCCUCCACUGCCUGUUACACGAUCUUCAGAUGUGAAAUGUCCCAGUGUCCCAUUGACUCAGCAGAGACGGAAUGGAUCUAAAGACAGCCUAAUAGAAGACACAUCUCAACUAUCCACUAACGUCAUUGAUGGAAAACCCACCACUAAGAUCAUAAAAACUGUUCAGGUGUCACGCUUCAAGGUGGAAACUUGA